UCCCCGCUAGACACGGGGAGCGAGUUUGAUGCUAGAACAGCAGGGAAAGGACGCAGCCCACUGUAAAAACCACGGUCUCCAUUUGUCCGCUCUCACUCCCUCCUUCAUGUUUUGUCAGGAAUGUUCAUGUGUGUGUUGUAUUGAUAACAAGGGUGUGUGUCUGUGACUGACAUGUGAGAUAUUGAUAAUAUGGAGUAAAGCAGAACAGAGGAUGGAAACACCAUAAGGGAGGAAGAGUUGUCAUGGCUGAAGCAGACGUUUCAACACAGAGCGGGGGCUACGAUGUGGAGCUGUUUGUAAACCCUCCAGACUACGAUUUGAUCUGCACCAUUUGUCAAGGGGUUCUCAGAUGUCCCGUGAGAAGUGCUUGCCACCACAUAUUCUGCAAAAAAUGUAUCUUGCAGUGGCUAAGAAGACAGGAGACCUGCCCAUGCUGCAGGAAGCCUGUAAACCCAAGCUUGAUCUUUGUCAUGUUCAAGCUGACCAAAUCGAUUGGACGCCUGAAAAUAAAGUGUAAAAAUGAGAUCCGUGGCUGUGCAGACACCUUUCCACUCUCAGAGCAGUACUCCCACAGUUUAAGCUGUCUGUACGAGCUCAUCCCCUGCCCGUACCAGGGCUGCAAGGUGCAGCUUCUCCGCAGGGACCUGGACGCUCACGCACCCAACUGUGAGCACUGGCGCCAGCCCUGCCACAUGGGUUGUGGGACGGUACUCACCCAGAGCACCCAGGCUCAGCACAACUGCUACAAAGAGCUGAGACAGGAGUAUGAGACCAAGCAGAGGAACCACAGGGCCAUUGCUAUGGCCUUACAGAGGAAGAUGAGGAGGAUGCAAAGCACCAUGGCCCACAUGAAGAGACAGAUAGGGUUAAUCUGUGAAAGCCUGGAGGUAAUGGAUGAUCUGCAUGAGGUGGAGGAAGGGGUGGACCUUGGAGAGAGCAGCAGCAGCUCUAGUGGGACUUCAAGCGCAAACAGCAACUCUUAAAUCUGCGUAUUGCUCCUGUGUUUUAGCCCUUUUUGUGUUUGUUUCCUGCAGGUGACUUGCUUAUGAUGAGUGAUACUUUAACCAUUUUCUACUGUAUUUUUUAUUUAUUUUCUGAAUAAAUUAUCCAA